ACAAAGCUUUCAUAGCAUCAGACGGUCUCUACGAAUGUUUACGAUGUUGUGCCAAGUAGAGAUCAUAGACUCAUAGUCGACCAUUUUGGGGGGCAUGAAAGCCCCUCUUGAUCAGCCACCCAGAGAAUCUGAUUGGUCAUAAGUAACUAAAUUAUCAUAAGCGUCACCGUAUGGUAUUGGCACCCCAAACUUUAAGACAGAGAAGCGAAAACUGCGAUCCGUCGCCGAAAUCCAGACACCCUCCCGCUUCUAUCGCUUGCUUGUACAUAAAAACCAACCUUUUAACGAAGCUUAAAAAUUUGAUCUUUCAUUGUUUGGUUAUAGCAAACCUCAAAGCCAUAGCCAUGGCCUCCAUCACGGACGACACCGAGCAGCCAGAAUUCGUCGAGUUUCGGAUCUCGGAUAGAACCAACCAUCUUCAAGAGCCGAGGAGCCGCCAUAGUUCGCCGGUUCGGGCCUUGAAUGGCGAUAGACACUAUGAGGAAUGGCAGUACGGAGAGUCGCCUUUGAAAUCGAAGCUGUUGGGGUUCUUGUGGGACCGGAGAGCUCGAGAAAAGAAGGUGAAGAGAAAGGGAGGGAUACUUUGGUAUCAAAGGAAGCGUGUGAAGGUGCUAGUGGCAGUGAUUGCUUUGGUCGCUCUGUUUUUCUUGGUUGAUUCGUUAAUGCUUUCGCGGUUGCAAGACCCUGCUGUUAUCGACAUCCGUGUUGAGUCCGUUCAGAAUUCCUCUUCAGGUUCCGUUUCCGUAAAGGGAGAGAAGAAAAAGUCUGGUAAGGUGAAAAGGCCGCCUAAUUUUACUUAUGGAAGGAUGUUGGCUUUGGCUGCCCAUGCCUUGGCGGAGGGAAAUAAUAAGCAUGAGCCAAAAGAUCUCUGGCAGGAACCAUUUGAACCUGCCUCUGCCUGGAGACCUUGUGCUGAUCAACGUAACUGGAAACCCAGUGGGGGAGAGAAUGGACACAUUUUGGUCACUGCAAAUGGUGGGAUGAACCAGCAGCGAGUCGCUGUUUGCAAUGCUGUUGUUGUUGCACGGUUACUUAAUGCGACUCUAGUAAUUCCCAAGUUUUUGUACAGUAGCGUCUGGAAAGAUACGAGUCAAUUCAGCGAUAUCUAUCAAGAGGAGCACUUUAUUAACUACCUCACUCCUGAUAUUCGGAUAGUGAGGGAGCUUCCUGUGGAGCUACGGUUUUUAGAUUUGGAGGCAAUUGGCAGUGUUAUGACAGAUGUAGACAUUGGGAAAGAGUCAAAGCCAAGUUUUUAUUUAAAAUUCGUUCUCCCUAUUCUACUUCAAAACAGAGUUAUCCAUUUCCUUGGAUUUGGAAAUCGCUUGGCGUUUGACCCAAUACCAUUUGAGUUGCAGAGGCUUCGUUGCAGAUGUAAUUUUCAUGCACUGAAAUUUGUCCCAAAGAUACAAGAAACUGGUGCUUUGCUUCUUCGCCGACUGCGUAGUCAUGCAACCCAACCUGGACCACUGGAUCACUAUCUUGUUGGCCCAUAUGCAGAAUCGUUGGAAGAAAAAGGGGGCCAUGGUGCAAAACCUUCUAAGUAUCUAGCUCUGCAUUUGAGGUUUGAAAUUGACAUGGUAGCUCAUUCUUUAUGUGAAUUUGGUGGAGGUGAAAAAGAAAGGGAGGAGUUGGAAUCAUAUCGUGAAAUCCAUUUCCCUGCAUUGACAGAACUUAAACAUACAACAAAGUUACCUUCACCAGAAGCACUCAGAGCUGAAGGCCUGUGUCCAUUAACACCUGAAGAAGCAAUACUUAUGCUCGUAGCUCUUGGUUUCAAGCGUAAGACACAUAUAUUUGUGGCAGGUGCAAAUAUAUACGGAGGGAAGCCAAGAUUGACUGCAUUGACGAGCUUGUAUCCUAGGUUAGUGACUAAGGAGAACUUGCUUUCACCAGCAGAACUUGAACCGUUCAUGAAUUUCUCAUCCCAGCGGGCAGCGCUCGACUUCAUAGGCUGCACUGCUGCUGAUGGAUUUGCCAUGACAGACUCGGGUAGUCAAUUGUCAUCUCUGGUAUCUGGUUAUCGAAUAUACUAUGGAGGAGGGAAAAUGCCGACAAUACGGCCUAACAAGCGUAGACUUGCGAGCAUAUUCGUGAAGAACACUACUAUAGAGUGGAAAAUUUUUGAGCAGAGGGUUAGGAAGGCAAUUAGGCAAACCAAGCAUGUCCUGGAACGGCCGAAGGCCCGAAGUGUCUAUCGGUAUCCACGGUGUAAAGAGUGUAUGUGCUUUACAGUUCCAGAGCUUUAGCUGACAUGUUGAUACCAAUUGUAACAGUGUAACAUUCUUUAUCAUUCAUUAAUUUUGGUUCAAGCAUAGCCAUUUUUCUGUAAAAAAUUUCACUGUAUAUUGAAAUAGUCAUAGAAUCCAAGAACACAUAAUAACAGUGA